UAGCAACAGCUUUCAUAAUCUUCAACGAAAGACAGACACAAAGAUAUGGGUGGAAUUUUCUUGUCAUUGUUAGCAAUAACUUCACUGCUUCCUUUGUAUACAAUUGGUGGAACUACCAGGAGCUAUGAGUUUAACAUCGAGCUGCAAAACGUGACACGACUGUGCCACACAAAAAGCAUGGUUACGGUCAAUGGAAAAUUUCCAGGUCCACGUAUUGUCGCUCGAGAGGGUGAUCGGCUUCUUAUAAAAGUUACUAACCAUGUCUCCAGUAACAUUACAAUCCAUUGGCAUGGUAUUAGACAACUUCGGAGUGGAUGGGCCGAUGGGCCAGCAUACAUAACUCAAUGCCCCAUACAAACUGGCCAGAGUUAUGUGUACAACUACACUGUUAUUGGACAAAGAGGAACAUUGUUUUGGCAUGCACAUAUAUCAUGGUUACGAGCAAGUGUUUAUGGUCCUCUCAUCAUUCUGCCAAAGCUUAAUGUCCCCUACCCUUUUACCAAGCCCUAUAAAGAAGUUCCCAUCAUCUUUGGAGAGUGGUUCAAUACUGAUCCAGAGGCUAUAAUUUCGCAAGCAACACAAACCGGUGGGGGUCCAAAUGUUUCCGAUGCCUAUACCUUCAAUGGGCUUCCCGGACCUUUGUACAAUUGCUCUGCUAAAGACACAUUCAAGCUGAAGGUAAAAACCGGGAAGACGUACCUCCUUCGACUGAUCAACGCAGCACUCAAUGAUGAACUCUUUUUUAGCAUAGCAAACCACACCCUCACCGUUGUUGAGGCUGAUGCCAUUUAUGUAAAACCUUUCAAAACUGAAACGCUUAUACUAGCUCCUGGUCAAACCACCAACGUCCUCCUUAAAACCAAAUCCAAAUUUCCCGGUGCCAACUUUCUCAUGUCUGCUAGACCAUAUGUAACGGGUCAAGGAACCUUUGACAAUUCCACAGUUGCUGGUAUUCUCGAAUAUGAGUCACCUGUUCCGAUGAAAAAUCUUCCACUCUUUACACCAACAUUACCAUCUUUAAAUGACACUUCAUUCGUGUCAAAGUUUUCAAAUAGACUUCGAAGCUUGGCAAACUCUAAAUUUCCUGCUAAUGUCCCACAGAAGAUCGACAAACAUUUAUUUUUCACAGUAGGACUUGGGACGGCCCCUUGUGCGCAAAAUAGAACUUGCCAAGGACCGAACGGGGCUAGAUUCGCUGCAUCCAUAAAUAAUGUGUCAUUCGUACAACCAAGUGUUGCCCUUCUCCAGUCCCACUUCUUUAAUAAAUCGAAGGGUGUUUAUAGUCCUUAUUUCCCUAUCAACCCAGUGCAUUGGUUUAAUUAUACCGGAACUCCUCCAAAUAACACCUUUGUGAGCAAUGGUACAAAGCUCAUGGUUCUUCCUUUCAAUACUAGUGUGGAGUUGGUCAUGCAAGAUACCAGCAUUCUUGGUGCCUAAAGCCACCCUCUUCAUCUCCAUGGCUUCAAUUUCUUUGUUGUUGGUCAAGGGUUUGGAAACUACGAUCCUAAGAAGGACCCUAAGAACUUCAAUCUUGUGGACCCUAUCGAAAGAAACACGGUUGGUGUGCCUUCUGGUGGGUGGGUUGCUAUACGAUUUCUAGCGGACAACCCAGGGGUGUGGUUCAUGCAUUGUCAUUUGGAAGUUCAUACCGGUUGGGGUUUGAAGAUGGCAUGGCUCGUCUUGGAUGGAGAACUACCUAACCAAAAGCUCUUACCUCCACCGGCUGAUCUUCCAAAAUGUUAAAGCUUCCGUUGCUUGGAACAUUUCAAUCAAUUUUUUUCAACAAUUCAAGUUUGAGGGAUGUGAAUAUAUUGUUUUUCUACAACUUAACAUCGGAAUGUGUUAUAGUGAGUGAUUGACUAAAUUCAUGUGAGGAGGUACAUCAUUGAAUAAAAUCUAACAAUUUCUUGCGUAUGAAUUGAUUGUUUUUUCA